UCCUGUGACCGGGUUACUCUCUUCAGUUUCUGUCAUGCUUUAUUUUUAGCGAAUCACUGAACUAAAAACAUUCUCUCAGAGCAGGCAAACCCAAACACAGAGACAGAGUUGGACAAGCAUGGAUUUAAUGGAAUUGUUUUUAAUUGCUCUUGGUGCUGUAGUUGUUGUGUGCUAUGGAGUGAAACUGCUGCUUUUCAGCAGGAUGCUUUUUCCUAAAGUGUGGUUUCCACUGUCGAAAUCUUUUUUCACCUCAAUGGGAGAGUGGGCAGUGGUGACUGGUGCUUCAGAGGGAAUAGGAAGAGCAUAUGCUUUUGAGCUGGCGAAGCAAGGAAUGAACGUGGUAAUCAUGAGUAGAACCAAAGUAACAUUGGACCAGGUGGCUAAGAAAAUAGGUGAUACUACAGGUCAGAGGGUGAAAGUGAUAGUAACGGACUUCAUGAAGGACAAUGUCUUCAGUGAAAUUGAGGAUCAGCUUAGGGACCUCAACAUUGGGGUUUUAGUCAAUAAUGUAGGCUCGCUGCCAAACUUCAUCCCCUGCAAAUUCCUUGAAUCUGCAGAUCUGGACCAGGCUAUUACAAAUGUGAUAAACUGCAAUGUGAAAACUAUGGCCAAGAUGUGCAAAAUAUUCCUCCCAGGCAUGGAAAAAAGGGGAAAAGGGGUGAUUGUGAAUAUUUCGUCCGGGGUUGCCUCUAUUCCAUUCCCCCUGUACACCCUGUAUGCUGCAUCUAAGGUGUUUGUGGAAAGAUUUUCUCAAGGUCUUCAAGCUGAAUACAAAGAUAAAGGGAUUAUUAUACAGACAGUGGCUCCAUUUGGGGUCUCCACUCGAUUGGCGGGUUACCAAUCAACCAACAUAGUGACGCUGUCACCAGAUGACUUCGUAAAAAGCUCCCUGCAGUACCUCCGAGCUGGAGACAAAACACACGGCAGUGUGUGUCACAUAGUUCUGGGCUGGUUACUGCAGUCUAUUCCCCUCAAGGUUCUCUAUUCUGAGUUGAUGCUAGACAGCCUACAAGACUAUGUCAAGAAAAAAAUCGCACGGGAGGCACUAAGUUCAACUUUUGAAAGUGGCAAAAAGAAUUAACCAGGAACAGCAA